AUGCCGACCGCAGGCCUAAAAACCAUAAUCGCGCUGUCGUUCGUGCUGGCCGUCGGCUUCCUGCUGGUGAUCCUGUCGUGCGCGCUGUGGAAGGUCUACUACCCGCUGCUGGUGGUCGCCACCUACGUGCUGGCGCCCGUGCCCAACUGGGUGUGCGGCCGCUGGGCGAACCCGGACGACUUUGUCGAGAGCUCGGGCAACGCCGUUUUGGACCUGGGACGGUUCUGCACGGGGUUUCUGGUGGUUAUGGGGAUUGCCCUCCCCGCCGUCCUCGCACACUCGCAUCUAAUCGACAUCGGCGCAAUGGUCAUGUGCAUCAUCGGCGGACUGCUGAUCUACGGCACUAUCAUCUCGUUCGGCAUGUUCUUCCAGGAAGAGCAGGAGUUCUAG